UAUAUAUAUAUAUAUAUAUAUAUAUACACAUUAUAUAUAUAUAAGACUUAAUUAAGUUUUUAUUUACUUUCCAUAUUUGUUCUUCCAUGAAACUCUUAUAUACUAGUUCUUGUUUUUUCAUCAAGUAUAAACUUUUCAUUUGUAACACCCAUAGGUAAAAAAAAGGAAGCAAAAAAGAAAAAAAAUUAUUCUUCAAAUUUUUUUUUGAAUUUUCAAGAAUCAAAGGAGUUUGCUCUAAUUAUGGUAUAAAGUUCUAAACUUUUUUUAUUAUUAAAAAGUGUAUUUUUGAUAUCCAAGUUCUUGUUUUUUUUUUUUUUUUUUUUUUUAUUGUUGUUGUGUGUGUUUUUGGUGUUUGUGUGUGUGUUUGGGUCUGUUAAAACACGCUUUUGAUUUCACCAUUUGAAUUUCAAGAAUCAAAUGAGUUUUGCUCUAUUAAUGGUAUAAAGUUCCCAACUUUAUUAUUCAAAGAAGUGUUAAUUAUUCAUAUCCAAGUUCUUGUUUUUGCUGUGUGUGUGUGUGUUAAUUAUGUUGUUAAGAUCUUGUUUUGUUUCAUUCUUCUUAAUCUUGUUGAUGACUGUUCUGUCUCUGCUGACCUGGCUCUAAUCCCAAAGUUGAUGAAUGUUCUUUACCCCUUUUGAGUUUUGAUUUCACCAUUUUUGAAAUUCAAGAAUCAAUUGGAGUUUUGCUUUGUGUUUAUUGCUGUUAAUUAUGGUGUAUAGAAAGUGUUGAUUUUUGAUACCAAGGUAGUUGUUUUUGUGUUCUUUUUGGUGGUGGUAGUGUUUUUUUUUUUUUUUUUCUUGGUAUCUGUCAAACACCCUUUUGAGUUCACCAUUUGAAUUUCAAGAAUCAUUGGUGUUCAACUUUAUCAAUUUAAAGUCUUGAUUUUCAUACCCAAGUUUUUGUUUUUGUGUUCUUUUUGGUGGGGUUGUCUGUGUUUUUGGUGUUUGUGUGUGUUUCUGUCAAGCACCCUUUUGAGUUCAGCAUUUGAAUUUCAAGAAUCAUUGGUGUUUGGUCUGUUUAUUGUUCCUUAUAUGUUGUAAAAAUCUCAACUUUUAUCAAUUUAAGUUCUUGAUUUUCAUACGCAAGUUGUUGUUUUUGUGUGUAUUUUUUUUUGGUUUAGUCAUUAUGUUGUCAAGAUCUUGUUUCAAUCUGCUUAAUCUUGAUGACUGUUCUGUUGCUGAUCGGGCUCGAAUCCCAAAGUUGAUGAAUGUUCCAGGGAUACUAACAGAUUUUGAUGGAGGAGAAGAGAAAGGAGGAUUUGAAGUUGCUCUUGCUUCUUCACCUGGUGUGACGAAUGGGAGUAGAAGGAUCAUUGUAGCAAAUCAGUUACCAGUGAAAGCUUUUAAGGAUGAAAAAUGGUGUUUUGAAUGGGAUAAAUUUGCUUUGGAUACAUUGAUUUUGCAGCUUAAAGAUGGUUUGCCAUCAGAUUUGGAGGUCAUUUAUGUAGGUUGUUUGAAAGCUGAUAUCGAAUUGAAUGAUCAAGACGAAGUUGCGAACUUCUUGUGGGAGAAAUUUAGGUGUGUUCCAACUUUCUUGUCAUUAGAUUUGAUCAACAAGUAUUACCAUGGCUUUUGUAAGCAUUAUUUAUGGCCUUUGUUUCAUUACAUGUUGCCUGUUACACCUAGUCAUGGUGUAAGAUUUGAUAGGUCUAAUUGGUUGGCAUACGUAUCGGCGAAUAAAAUUUUUGCUGAUAAAGUUUAUGAGGUGAUUAAUCCAGAUGAAGAUUAUGUUUGGAUUCAAGAUUAUCACCUCAUGGUUUUGCCUACUAUGUUGAGGAAAAAGUAUAGUAGGAUAAAAGUUGGUUUUUUCCUUCAUAGUCCUUUCCCGUCGUCUGAAAUUUAUCGAACAUUGCCUGUUAGGGAUGAGAUUUUGAGGGCUUUGUUGAAUUGUGAUCUUGUUGGUUUUCAGACUUUUGAUUAUGCUAGGCAUUUCUUGUCAUGUUGUAGUAGGAUGUUGGGCUUGGAUUAUCGGUCCAAAAGGGGUUACAUUGGUAUUGACUAUUUCGGUAGAACUGUGACUAUUAUGAUCCUUCCUGUUGGUAUUCACAUGGGGCAGAUCCAAAAUGUUAUGUCGUUGCCUGAUACGGGGAAGAAAGCAAAGGAGUUGAAAGAGAAGUAUGCGGGGAAGAUCGUGAUGUUAGGUAUCGAUGAUAUGGACAUGUUUAAAGGGAUUGGUUUAAAGUUUUUAGCAAUGGGACAGCUUUUAGAGCAAAGCCCGGCGUUGAGGGGAAGGAUCGUAUUGGUUCAGAUUACGAACCCCCCAAGAAGUAGAGGGAAUGAUAUCAAAGAGGUUGAAGAAGAGGUUAAGAAGAUCGCUACUGAGAUCAAUAGGAAAUAUGGGGAACCGGGGUAUGAACCUAUUGUUUGUAUUAACGGUCCGGUUUCUACGCAGGAGAAGAUUGCACACUAUGCGAUUUCCGAGUGUGUUGUUGUUAAUGCCGUUAGAGAUGGAAUGAAUUUGGUUCCUUAUGAGUAUACGGUUUCCAGGCAGAGCAGCAGUAAUUUGGAUAAGGCCUUGGGUCUAGGUGAUGGACAACGACGAAAGAGUAUGAUUGUUGUUUCCGAGUUCAUCGGCUGCUCUCCGUCGCUUAGUGGUGCCAUCAGGGUCAAUCCGUGGGACGUUGAGAGUGUAGCCAAUGGUAUGUUUUCGGGAUCCAUGAUGAAUGAGUUGGAGAAAGAAUUGCGUCAUGAGAAACACUACAAAUAUGUUUCUUCUCAUGACGUUGCAUAUUGGGCGAGGAGUUUCGAUCAAGACCUCAAGAGAGCUUGUGGAGAGCAUUAUGGCAAGAGAUGUUGGGGCAUUGGCCUUGGUCUUGGUUUCAGGGUCGUUGCCCUCGGUCCGAAUUUCAGGAAGCUUUCGGUAGCACAUAUUGUCUCUUCUUAUAAAUUGACAAAAAGCAGACUUAUCCUACUCGACUAUGACGGUACUAUGUUGCCAGAGGAUAAGCUCGACAAAGCCCCAAGUGAGGAAGUCAUCUCAAUUCUGAAUGGUUUGUGCAGUGAUCCAAAGAAUAUCGUGUUUAUUGUGAGCGGCAGAGGAAAGGAUACGCUCAGCAAGUGGUUCUCUCCGUGUCCGAAACUUGGCUUGUCAGCGGAGCAUGGUUAUUUCACUAGGUGGAGUAAGGAUUCCGAUUGGGAAUCUCGUCCUGUACCUGCAGACCUCGAUUGGAAAAAAGUGGUUUUGCCUAUUAUGGAGAAAUACACUGAGGCAACAGAUGGUUCGUCGAUAGAGCAGAAGGAAAGUGCACUAGUGUGGCAUCAUCUUGAAGCUGACCCUGACUUUGGUAUUUGGCAGGCUAAAGAGCUAGUUGAUCACCUCGAGAGCGUCCUUGCUAACGAGCCUGUUGUCGUUAAACGAGGCCAGCACAUUGUUGAAGUGAAACCACAGGAUGUAAGCAAAGGUCUAGUCUUUCAAAGCCUCUUGGCCUCGAUGCAAAGCAAAGGGAAGUCCCCCGAUUUCGUUUUGUGUGUAGGUGAUGACAGAUCGGAUGAAGACAUGUUCGAGAGCAUUGCAAGUUCUUUAGACAACAAAUCUCUGUCUGACCACACAGAAGUCUUUGCCUGCACCGUCGGCCAGAAGCCGAGUAUGGCUAAGUACUAUCUGGAUGAUCCAUCUGAAGUCAUAAAAAUGCUUCAAGGCCUUUCAACAGCUAGUGCAGCAAUGCAGCUACCACCUAAGUCGCCGGUCCAUCAAGCCGCCGCCGCCUCCGUUGACGAUCACUCCAUAGAUAAGAGUCCUACAUCCUUUGUAUAGAAAAAAACAUCAUAGAAUUCAGAGGUCAUAUGCAAAGAAACAGUUGAAAGAAACAUAGUUUUAAUAGUUUUUCAGCAAAUUUCCAUUUUCACAGCCAGCCCAUUAGGGAGUUGAAGGUUUAGUACAUUUGUUGGUUCAUAGUUACUCUUAUGACUUGUCUAGGGCAGGUUGUAUACAGUGUAGUUACUGGAUUCUCAAGGUGAUAGUACUACAUUUUUUUGGGUAAAAAUUAUAAAUGGCUCAUUUGAACCU